AUGAUGGCAAUAGCGCGCGGCAUGCCGGCAACCACCUUAGUGCAACCAAGCGUGAUGUCUAGGGUGGGCCGCACAGUUCUCGGCUGGCUAGAAAAGUUGAAGAACUCCAUUGCAGAAACACCGCUGUACUUCUGGGUCUACAUAGGGGCACUGGUGUGGAUAACGCGUCAGCUCACAAAUCGUAGCAGCAAGGCAACUCGCCGAAUUACCGUCGCCGGUAAGCAGGUGCACCUCAACGAAGCCGAAGCUCAAAUGGCCACCAACGUUGUUGACAUUGACAAGAUUGAUGUUGACUUUAGUGACGUGGGGGGUCUGGAUGAUGUGAAGGAUGCCCUCACGGAACACAUCAAGUGGCCCUUCCAGCACCAAGAACUCUUUAGCGGUAAGACGGUACGAUCCCAUCCGAAAGGUGUGCUGCUGUAUGGGCCUCCUGGCACUGGCAAAACUCUCCUGGCUCGCGCGCUCGCCAAGGAGCUAGGAUGUUCUUUCAUUAACGUAAACACGGAGUCUAUCUUCUCCAAGUGGGUCGGCGACACGGAGCGCAACGCGGCUGCCAUCUUCACAUUGGCAGCCAAGAUUUCUCCGUGCGUCAUCUUUGUUGACGAGAUCGACUCCCUACUCAGUAGCCGUAGCGCCAUGGAUGCAACCCCACACAUGCAUGCCAAGACGAUCUUCAUGACGCACUGGGACGGGCUAGAGAAGGACAGCGACGCCCGCAUCAUUGUUGUCGGCGCCACGAACCGCCGCUUCACAAUCGACGACGCCAUUCGCCGUCGUCUUCCGCUGCAGCUGGAGGUGCCACCACCUGACGCGAAGGCACGUGAGAAGAUUCUCAGCAUCCUCCUCGCUCACGAUCUGGAGUGCAACUCCCAAAAGGACGGUCUCAUUCGCUACGUAGCGCUCAAGACGGUCGAAUACACCGGCUCUGACCUCUCGGAAUUGUGCAAAGCGGCGGCUCUCAUGCCGCUACGUGAGAUGAGGUUGGUGAGGGCAGGUGGUACUCCCUCUGCCGCCCCAGAGACGGUUCCGCCGCUAACACAGCAGCACUUUGACAAGGCCAUGGAGCGCGUAAAGGCCUCCAAGUAA